AUGUCUCAAAGAGCCACCUAUUUUCAAAAUCUAGACAAUCUUCGUGAUGAUGGCGCUCGGAUUUAUUACCAUGAUGAAACAUGGUGUAACGUUGGUGAAGAGAAACGGUCAAUAUGGUUGAGCGAUCGUGGUGAGGGUCGUUUAAGGAAGGGUGAUGGGAAAGGAAAAAGAAUCGCUAUCUCAGCCAUAGUUAGUGAACAAGGAUUGGAUAAACACACAGUCGAUAUUUUCCGCUGUGAUGAAGAACAUGCAAUGAAUAGUAAUCAUUUUAUCGAAUGGCUUCACAAAACAGCUGCUCACUUACGUAUCUGUCACCCUGAACCAACUCGAAUAUGCAUUAUCAUCGAUAAUGCAACUUGGCAUUGUGAACUAUGUGACGAUGUUAAACCACCUAAUCGAUCUUGGCGAAAGGAUAGCGUCAAGCAAUGGCUCCAACAACGUAAAAUCAAAUUCGAUCGAUUGAUGACAAAAGCACAGUUGCUGGAGUUGGCUUUUGCCAAUGUUCCCCCUAAGAAGUUCAAGUCUAAUACGGUAGCAUCUCAGUUUAAUGUGGAAAUACUUCGCCUACCCAUCAAGCAUUGUAUGUUGAACCCAAUUGAGCUUGUUUGGGCAAGUCUCAAGGAAUACGUUCGAAAGUAUAAUACAUCUUUUCGUCUGUCGGAUGUAGAAGUAUUGUCGCGUGAAUUCAUUGAUACUGUUGAUGCCAAUUCCUGUCGGAAAUAUAUCGAACAUGCGCGCAAAGUCGAACAGGAUUUUCGCACAGCCGACGCUCUUGUAGAAGAAGUCAUCGAACCAGACCUUGUUAGUUCCGAUUCGGAAGGCAAUGAAGAUCAAGAUGAAGAUCAAGAUCAAGAAGAGGAUCAAGAUGAAGAUGAAGACCAAGAUGAAGAUGAAGACCAAGAUCAAGAAGAAGAUCAAGAUUUCGAAAACAUGGACGAUGCUUGA